AUGAAGAUGAUUUCUGCUACGACCCGCUGUGUAUCGCAGCGGAGGCAGAGCACUGAUGUUCUCCGUGUCCUCGUGGAUCACUACUACAAGACUAGUUUAACGAAGAAACCGCUCCAUCGAAGGAAACACUCAUUGCUGAGCGCAGCAUGCAGCGGGCAGCAUCUUCAGACGACACAGCUUAUCCUAGAUAUGCAGCCUGCGCCAGAUUCCGUCGAUUUCAAUCAAUCGGACCGUGAUAAAGCGCUGCUGGCGGCUGCAAGGACUCUGACGUAUUUGUCUCCGGAAGGUCGCGGAUCUGAGACGCCCAUUGAUCUCGAUCAAUGGAGGAGCGGUUUAAUUGCCCGUGGCGAGAAAUUGAUAAGCUUGCUCCUCGAUAGCGGUGCGUCUGCUCAAGCGGUUGAACUCCCCACCAAUGACGUUGAAUGGGCGUCUAGGAUACUCUCUGGUGGUAAUGCAGUCAAAGAUGAUAGUGAUGAAAGCAAACCACUACAAUCAUUUGGUACAGUGCUUGGUCUAGCCUCCUCUAGAGCCAGCUCUGCGUUGGUGAAAAGACUCAUUGACCAAGGGCCCAAUAUACACGCUAAGGAGCAGUUCCAGCAGAACCAUUCAUCCCACUCUUGGUAUGAUAUGAGAAUGCCAUGGAGUGUUACUUCACUUCAUAUUAGCAGCAUGUAUUGGAAUACGAAGGCACUUCGAACGCUUCUUGACCACUGGGGAAGUGAUAUUACAGAAUCCCUAUCCUGUCGCGAUAGUAAUGGACGUCUGCCUCUUCACUGGGCAGCCGUGGGCCCAGGUUCGGAUGAAUGCUGGCUUUCUGACGUUCAUGUCAAAGAUCGAAUCAUCGAUACCCUGAAGCUACUCCUAGCUGGUAGUGAUAUCAAUGCGCGGGACAAUCAGGGCGAAAACGCGUUGCACCAUGCAAUAAGAGGGCACGCAUGCUGCUCUGGGAGCGACCACUUUGAUACAGUGGUGAAGUUCCUGCUGGAGAACGGAGCGGAAGCAGAUGUAGUGGACAACAAUGGCCAAACUGUGCUACACAAGCUUGCAGCCAAUUGCAAAGCUGGCGAUCCCAUUGACGUCCAUCUGAUGGAUAUUCUUCUAUCACACGGUGUCGACAUCAACCAACAGGACAAGGAUGGGCGUACUGUAUUGCAUCUUAUGGCCAGGAAUCUACGACAAGUCCAGGCGACCAAAUUUCUGAUAAGCAGAGGCGUGGAUGUCAAUCAUACAGACUCCAGAGGAAAUACAGCCUUGCACCAUUGUCUGUACGUGGGACAUAUUUUAGACAGGCAUGGAUGUGUGAUACCCACAUCCGCUGAUGAGAGAGAAGCGCUGGAUGAGAUGCGUGUUGUCUUGCUGGGGGCAGGGGGUGAUAUUGUGAUGGAUCAGCCCAAUGUACGAGGCGAAACGCCACGGCAGCUGCAGUUUAAGAGACUGGAAAACUGGCGGCGGGCUAAUUUCCCAGAGCUGUUCCCAAAGCCGGCGGGAAGGGGAGGAGGACCUAGGAAUAUUAUCGAGAACUAG